GUGGCGAGGAUGAUGGAGGUGGCGAUGGUGGAGGGGGCGUCUCUCGACGGUCGGUCUGGAUGCACACUCGAGCUGCGGAGACACUGGAAACCGCAGGUCUGAGGAGGACCGCUCGCUCUCCGAGUCUGUGGGAAGAGGCGUUCUGAAGUCCGGAGAGACAGAGGGGGAAGGCAACAUUAAUAUCUCGGAAUUUCUCACGAUGGCUGCGGAGGGAAGCGUGUCGUUUUACGCACCACUUUUCUCUUUAAACUGAGAAACGCCAGGACCGCUGAAGAGAGAAGAUGAUGAGCUGAAUGGGGCCAUGUAAACGAUUGAAGACCAUGAAGCCCACACACAAGCUGCUGUUUGUCCUCUGUCCCAUGCUGGUGCUGGGCUUCAUUUACUACUCGUCCGGGAUGCUGCACCAACACGUGUGGGGUCAGAAGCCUCAGAUUGAUGCGGAACUGACAACCCCUGUCCUGAAAAAGGGGAAUGAAGUGAAACCAAUUGCAGAGUUGGAAACGAAUGCCAUCGAGGGACAGAGUUUAGUCGAAGUGUUUGACAAACAGGGCUUCCUGCUGCAGCUGGACACGAAAUUACCACAGGAGCUGGCGUACAAGUAUAGCAACCUCACCGAAGGAGCGUGCAAACCCGGAUACACCGCAGCCAAGAUGGGCGUCAUCUACCCCAAGUUUGUCCAUGAAGUGCCCAUGUUUCUGGAUCUGAACUACAGACGUUUUGCAAAAGUCAGCAAUUACAUGCCUCCAUUUGGUUUGAAAACUCAAGAAAGAAUCGUAGACACAAUUUUGACGACCACAAAAACUUUUGGACUCAGAGAAGAACAGGAAAGACUCAGCUGUAGAAGGUGCAUCAUCGUUGGAAAUGGGGGAAUCCUGUUCAACAAGUCUUUAGGGCCUCGCAUUGAUGAAUAUGACAUCGUGGUGAGGUUGAAUGAAGCUCCGGUGGCUGGUUACAGCAGGGACGUGGGGACCAAAACGACCUUGAGGAUUACAUAUCCAGAGGGAGCUAUACAGAAGCCCGAUAAAUAUGAAAAAGACUCGCUAUUUGUUUUUUCAGCCUUCAAACCACUGGAUUUCAAGUGGCUUCGACAGAUGGUCUUCAAGGAGAAACUGAGGGGGUCGGAGGGUUUUUGGAAAUCGGUGGCCCAGUUCGUGCCUCGGGAGCCAUCUGAGAUAAGAAUACUCAACCCGUACUUCAUCCAGGAGGCCGCCUUCCAGUUCAUAGGCCUGCCCUUCAACAACGGCUACAUGGGGGUCGGGAACAUUCCAACUUUGGGGACAGUUGCAAUCACUAUGGCGCUGCACAACUGUGACGAGGUAGCGGUGGCCGGUUUCGGCUACGACAUGAGCAAGCCGCAUGCGCCGUUGCACUAUUACGAGGCCGUCAAGAUGUCUGCGAUCAAAGAGUCGUGGACACACAACAUAGCCAAGGAGAAGGAGUUCCUCCGAAAGCUGGUGAAGGCCAACGUCAUCACAGACCUGACCAAAGGUAUCUGAGUUUACACCCACAUCCUCUCACUUUCCCACCGGACCACGGGACCAGAAGCUGGGAAAGGGACGAUCACACGAGGAGAGAGAACCCUUUAGAGUCCGGGCGGUCCUCACACUGCCGGCUUUUUAUAUCAAAGGAGAUUAUUUUUGGAGAACUACGGGACAGUUGCACACACACGUGCCUUCAGAACCAAAGACUCCUGCUGAUGGAAGCAGCGAGCGCCACGGGGACGAGCGGGUCCUCCCGGUUCCUCCUGUCCUGAAAUCCGCCACUUCAACCCGCCGUGUCGCCACGAGGGAAGGACGAAUGCGAAGUGGCGAAGUAGAAGUGCCAAACGUACCUCGAACUCGGGAGAGAGGUGCUGGUCCUCUCCUCCAGCUGCCUGAAUGUAUUUGUUCAGUGUAAAUAUCAAAGAUUUUUACUGUGCUUUUUUUUAAGAAGCUGCAGCAGCCCCUCCUCCGCCCGUCCUCUCCCUCCGCUCGUGUCAGUCCCAAACCGCUCACAACGAAAGUCAAAAGUUUUAUGAAAGAUAAUUAUGCAGAUCAGUAGCAAAAAAAAGUUGAAUCAACAUGCAUCUAUUCUAUUUUUUAUCUUCCACCUCUUCAUCUCUGCCACGCUCCUCUUCCUCUGAGACGGUCAGGUCCUUCGUCCUGCUGCGGGUUUUCUAGAUCUUCAAUAACUGGUGACUCUUGGAUUGUCGAUUAUAUAUCAAUAUGAAUAUAUAUAUAAUAUAUAUAUUUGUUUUUAAUUAUUUAUUUUGCUACAGAGACCCCCUCCCUCACCUCCCUUGAUCACAGACAGGCCUGCUUCUCUGUCGUCACCUCGGGCUUCCUCAGAAGUUUCCCGCCCCUCGUGCGCUUAAAUGUUUCAUGUUCUUGUGCUCUUAUGUGUCGACGGUGCGACAGGUCGAAUCACGGGAAACGUCUCGCUGACCCAAAAAGUGAUUUGCUCUCAUAUCUGUUACCAUCGUGUCCAAGCCAGGCUCCAGACCAGGAGUGGGGUCAGAACUUCUGGCAUCAUCAGCUUUAUUUUUGUGACAUUCCACCAAAGCAAGGCCGACUUGCUCUCACAACUUGAUUUACAUUUUCUUUCUCAGGUGCAUUUCUGCCUUUUUCUGUCUCUCUCUUUCUGUCUGUCUGUCUGUCUGUCUGUCUGUCUUCUCUUCACGUGCGUCAUCACUGUAAGUGCACGCAAUCGCAAUGCCAUUUUAAUCCACAUGCUGCUGUCGGGUCCGUUCACCACUCACCAUUCGACUGAGGAACGAAAAAUGUGAAACUCAAAAAACGUCAUUUUUUUUUUAAGUAAAAAAAAGUUAGUGUUUGUGGUAGCACGGCUGGGCGAUGGGAGACUUGCAUUUUAUAUCCAUUUACAAAGUCAAAUUUCCAUCAAUUUGGGGUGGAUUUUUCAGUAAUAUUCAGCUAGAAAGUAGUGUCCUAUAUGAACCUGAAGUUGUGAUGUCAAUUUUGUUGUCUAUUUAUUUCAUUUUGAUGUACAUGCCGUGACGAACAAAAGAAAUUGUGUCUGCAGAAAGCAAAUUUUACGUGAUAUUUAUCCCCUCAGAUCAUUCAAAGCUUUGUGCUUGACACAUUAUUACUUAGUUACUUUAGUUACUUUUAGAGCAGUAGGCAGCGUUUCACUUUCUUCUGUCUUCACUUGCCUUGUUGGCCGUGUCUAUCCACCAAAUUCUAGUUCUCACUGACUUUAUCAAUCCUUGCUUGGAGUGUCUAGUAAGGUAAAAUAUAGUCCAAAAUAUUUCCAUCUAUUAAAAUCAGAUUUGAACAGCAUUUUUUGUUCCUCUGGCGGAAGGUGGAUGUGAAUGCUCGGCCCUCGUCUGUCCCUUUUUAUUUUGAGAAGGUGCAGCUGAUUGUAAAUGUUCGCGGGAAAUUCGAGGAGUGGGAUUGUAAAAAUGGGUCACAUUUGGCGGCCGCAGCUGAAGGCGCUCGGUGCCUUACACCUCAUCACCUUCACUCUGUAGCGCGGAGGUGGAGGAACCAACACAGCUGAUCCGGUCCCUCGCUGCGGGUCAGCUGAGUCGCAGCUCUUCUGCUGAUCCACCUCCUGCACCGCGCUGGUGCGUGGUCUCCUUCAGCUGCGUAUGAGGAUCACCUGACCUGUCCUGUAAAUACGACGUGUUAGAACGGCAAGUAUUUGGUGGCCCCCAUCUGCAGUAGCAUUUGAUUUCUUAUCUAAAACAUAUCAUGGAAAUGUUUGAUUCCGAACUGGAAGGUAAUCAGUUAGUGCUAGAAGUGAAUGAAAUAUGCUGCUUUUUUUUUUUUUUUUUGAUGAAAUUU